CCCGAGGUCGGAGCCGCAGUGCAGCACGGGGGCUAAUGUCGUACAGUGAGUACUGUGGAUUUUUAUCGAAUGCAGACGAUGCUGUUCAAUCAUUUUCAGAUGAUCGGUGAUGGUCACUCUGAUUGGAUGACAGAAAAAGUUGAUUUGUCCUCAUUUGUGUCAACGACCGAGUCUUCUCCGAGCUCAUCUCUUCCACCCUCGCCGUUAGAACAGGAUGUCAAGGUGCCCUCAGAUCUGGAGGUUAUGACCUCCCUACUGCAGGAGGAGCUGGCUCAGCUGGAGGACUACUUCCGCUCUGAGUCCACAUCCACCACAAAUAAGUUGGAGAAAUCCUCAAAAUGUGACAAGGUUUCCCAAGCCAUGGGCUCCCAGUCUUAUUAUCAGUUACCCUAUGGCUCAUACGGGACCAGCCAAUCAGAAACCAGCCCUGUGGUAGUUACCUUGGCAACAGGGGAACUGGACCUGGCCAGCUUCUGUGGCGGUCCCAUCAGCAGAACCAAAAUUGCGCGGCCCGCUCCGUACAGCUACCACCACCGCUACCACCACAACAACGGGCGCAGGAUCCUCGGCGAGUCCGUGAAAGUCGCCGACGAAGUGGGUCUUGAGACGUGGGGCUCCAGGGGAUGCUACUCAGGGAGCACGGAGUUUUCUGUCAACCACUACUCGACACUGAAGACGGUGAGCAAGAACAGCAUCGGCAGCGUGAAGAAGGUGAGAGAAUGUGCUUUAUCGUUGAAGGAGGAGGAGAGCUAUUGCUUUUCCGAAGGAAUGUUUUGCAGCGAAGAGAUUGCCAGAGGCUUCUGUUUGGGGGGCUCGUACGACGGCCACCACAAGCGAGAAGGACAGUUGAUGCACAACGUGAAGGUCAACGUAAGUUACGACAGCGCGGGGCUCGAGGUCUUGCACUGCAGCAAGGACGGGGGACUCUCUGGAAGUCUCCCCCAAGAGACAAUGGUGGCCGGUGACGGCUAUUUCCACCAGUCCAUGGCGGCGGAGCCGUACCAUAGCUUUAUAGGAGACCUAGAUCAGCCGGCACAGGCGCAGGCUGUGGAGCCCCAACACGGCCACUACCUCUAUCCAGAAUGCCUUGCAGACCAAAGCUAUGAAUGUCUGUCCAGAGGGGAGGGCGAGGGGCCGCUGCUGGGCGCCCCCAUCCACCGUCCCACCCAGAGGUUAAAGGACGAGCCCUGCUCCGUGAAGCCAGCCCUGGUCAUGAGCGCAGCUUCCAUGGAUACCAGCAGUGGAGAGAGGAAGCAGAAGAAGAGAGACCAGAACAAAACUGCUGCUCACAGGUACAGGCUGCGUAAGAGGGCGGAGCUGGACUCUCUGGAGGAGGAGCUGCAUGGCCUGGAGGGACAGAACCGGGAGCUACGCGACAAGGCGGAGUCGGUGGAGCGAGAAAUCCAGUACGUCAAAGAUCUACUGAUCGAGGUGUACAAGGCCCGCAGUCAGCGGCUCAAACAGGAUGGCAGUGCCUGAGGAACACCCCCACCCCACCCCCCCCUGGCUCCCCUCGACCACCGGUCCUCCCAGCCAGGACAGAGAGAACAAUCACGUCAACAGCACUAGCCGGUUUCUGUCUCAGCACGAACGAAAGGGUAGUUGCAUGAUUCUGGUAGUUCCUUAUCAAGAGAGAGAGAGAGAGAGAGAGAGAGAAAAAAAAGAGGCGACCGAACAGAAAGAAACUUUUUCCUGAACAAAGAGAGGCGUGGAAGUGGGCGACUGAACUGUGAAAAGCCAUAGUGAGGUGGCUUCAUGAGGAGAUGCUGAACUUGUCCGUGACCACUGUGACCCGAACUGUCCUCCCAGCCUUGUGACGACGAGCGAGCCUGGGCUCGCGCCGACGGACCGUUAUCUAAACGCUCUCUGGAUUAGUGGUAGUGAUUGAAAUUUGCUUGUUGUUUUUCGUGCCACACAUCCGCAGCAUCAAGGCAGACUCAUACUAAAUAUAAAUAUAUAUAUAUAUUUUAUUUUGUUAUUUUAUUUUUAUCUGACAACUCAUCGUUUGCUUAAAACAAUCAACCAAUCAAAGGGAUUGCUGGGGAAGUGUGUAACCCGCUUUACAGAUAUUCAUUACGGCAGACGUGUAGAGAAUUUUUAUCGCUAAACUCUUGCGUAUUUCCACCUGUUUUACCCCCACUGAGAUACCCAAUGCAUGUUUGAUUUUGGAAAAGCAUGUGCGAGUGCUAUUUGAAGGCAAUAUUAUGUUAACUGCAUGGCUUCCAGAUGUUCACUUUGCAUCAGUUUCACUGAGUUCUCCGUCCCAUCAGCCUCCCACUUUUCUCUCACCUCAUCCCGAUCAGUGUGAUUCUCCCCCAGCUUUUGAUUUACUGUUGGGAGAAACGAACGUCGGCCUGCUCAUUUUUCUUUACCCCUCCCUAUCUGUCUCUUGGCUGUAUUUUGCGGACAAACAAUCACCUACUGAGGCGAUGACAAUAAUCACUGUUGACCUACGGUACGACUCCCUGGGAAUUUCGCUGUCAGUCAACCAAUUAGGUGCGUCGGAGAUUCAGGUCCUUUUUUUUUUUUCUGAUUUGAUGUCAGUGUCAGGAAAUCUGUGAUUCAUCAGGUAAAUUUCAGCCAAAUAAAGCAGCCAUGUGGUUUUCACUCAUCUCUGCCUUUUGUCUUUGUUUUCGCUGCAUGCUGAUUAUUGUGCAUAUUGUCUUACAGCCAUCAGGGCGCUCACGUCAGCCGGCUACGACGACGGGUUAGGGGUCGGGUUAGGGUUGCACGCGUCAACGGUAACAAAAGAAGCUGGGAUUAAGAGGAUACACAGAUGCAGAAUGAGGCUGCGCCUUCCCCCUUCGGUUUCAGCUCUGUGAGCCGCGGCGCAGCGGGUUUCUCAACCAUUCCUCUCCUUUCAACAUCACAGUAAAAGCAGGCUUUGAUUGACAGCUAAGCUUUGUCAGACAUAAAGCUGUUUUCCUUUGGAAUUACGGGAUGAAAUGAAAUCAGUUUGUCUAAACAACCGCAAUGGGGGGAACGUGUUAACGAGCACGGCUGACGCCCCCCUCGCCU